AUGAAUAAAUCAGCAGAGAUCAGCCACGACCACGACCACCACCACGGCGGCGGCGGCGGACAUGCCAAUGUCAGUUCGCAAUCCCUGGAGGUACAUCUGUCUCACGCUGGACUCCUGCCAAGCCACGCGUACCUUGGUGCUUACUUAUUUCUCCUGGGGGUAUGGUGGUCCCUCUCGGUACUUCGUGGGCAAUUUACAAAGGCAGCAAGUCUAACUGGAUCCCGGUCCUCAAGUCUGACCUUCACUGGCAAGUGUGGCCUUUGCAGGAGCCAAGUUCUCGAGGGUCUCAUCAAGGCUGCCGCCUGCCUCGUAGGCAUCAUUGUGGAAACGGCCUGCGUCCACACCCUCGGUCGUCCAUACUACUACUCCUAUCCCACCGUCUAUGGUGGUUUCUUCCUCGCAGCCCUCACAGACAUCAUCAGUGGGACAGGCAUUGUGCUGCCAGAGGGUAUGGACUACACCGCGAACGCGCUAGCAUUUGCCAACCUAGGGCUAAUUGCCCACGCCCAGGGUACGGGCCAUAUGCACCUCACCGUUGCAACACGCCUCCUGACCUCCUAUGUGGCUCUCUUCAACGCAGGCCUUCUACUCUGGGAGUACGGUCGUCCCCAAUCGGAGAUUAUCAAGCAACUCCGCGUGGGUGGAGUCAUGAUGCAGGGAAUUUGGUUUUGGCAGAGCGGCAUUGUUCUGGACUCAGCCUUGGCAAGCAAGUGGGUCGAGACAGACCAUGCCAACCUCAUGUUCAUCACCAUCGCCUUCGCUUGGGAUAUGUGCUGUGUGGUCAUUCUGCUGUUACUCCUCACGCUCAUUACGGGCUGCAUAUUUCGAGAUCGUCAGGUUCUGGGCAUUCGACGAAACCUGAAUGUGAACCUUCCUGGUGCACCAGAUGGACCACCAGAGGGCUACAAACCCCUCGAGAAGGAGGUCAACGAAACGGAGGCGGUGAUAAGCAAUGGUCAGCUGUAG